AUGAAUAGUCUGACGGCACAGGGCCUUCUUCCGGAGCACUCAGUAUCGGAAGACCUCUUCGCCAACGCAUAUCGAACCAGUCGUGGCCAGAUCAGUAUAUUGGAAAGAUUCAACGCUACCUACGCGAACGUCCAGCACAUCCACGAUCAAAUCGAGGAUCUCAAGCGCAAUGGCGCUUUGUUGCAGUCACAGCUUACGGCAAAGAACGAACACAUUGCGCGACUUCAAGGCGAGGUUGACCGACUACAACGCUCUAUCGACGACCAGACCAAGGAGCUUAAGCGGAAUGCAUCGAGGACUGCCAAGCUCGAUACUAAGAUACAAACCCUACAGCAGCAACUCACCGCGAGCAAGGCCACGAUCAAGCGGCUAGAGCAACAGGCUAAUGCCUCUACUUCAAAGCAAUCCGGCCAAACAUACAACCACCAGGAUGAUGAGCACUCUAGACCCGGUCCGAACGAGCAAGACAACACCGGAGAGCCGCCGUACAACUAG